GCGGUGCCAUCAUGAUUCUCAGUAAGUCGUGCAGGCCGUUGCAGCACGCCACGAAGCUACUUCGAAGAUGCCUGCCCGCAGAUCGGCUGAAAAAUUCCUCCAGGAGCAUCCAGUUCAACUACUAUCCGAACCCGGUGCUCGAAGAUGCAGGGGAAACCAAGGAGAUGAACAUGUGCAACGCUAUAAACAACGCAAUGCACCAGUGCUUGGAGAAGGAUGAAACAGCAGUACUAUUUGGCGAGGACAUAGAGUUCGGUGGCGUGUUCCGUUGCUCGGUUGGUAUGAAGGACCGUUUCGGGCAGCACCGGGUGUUCAACACGCCCCUGUGCGAGCAGGGCAUCGUCGGCUUCGGGAUCGGCUUGGCCAACAUCGGUGUCACGGCCAUCGCCGAGAUCCAGUUCGCCGACUACAUAUUUCCAGCCUUCGACCAGCUGGUAAACGAAGCAGCCAAGUGCCGGUACAGAAGCGGCGGCGAGUGGGACUGCGGCAAGCUGACGGUGCGCGCUCCUUGCGGAGCCGUGGGUCACGGCGGUCUCUACCACUCCCAGAGUCCGGAGGCCUACUUCGCGCACACGCCCGGGCUCAGGGUGGUCAUUCCACGAGGGCCAGUGCAAGCCAAGGGUCUUUUGUUGAGCUGCAUCGAGGAACCAGAUCCAUGCAUCUUUUUUGAGCCGAAAAUCCUCUACCGCACGGCUUCGGAGCCCGUACCCUUACAAUACUACAAAUUGCCGCUCGACACUGCCGAUAUCGUAAGAGAAGGCGACGCAAUUACCCUGAUCGGCUGGGGAACCCAAGUGCACGUCCUGCUGGAAACUGCUGAUAUGGUGCGCGAUGAACUUGGGGCGCUGUGUGAGGUCAUAGACCUUCGUUCGAUUCUCCCGUGGGACUCGGACUCCGUCUGCCAGUCAGUCAAAAAGACCGGCCGUGCCAUUGUUUCUCACGAGGCGCCGUUGACUAAUGGAUUUGGAGCCGAGGUUGCCGCAACCAUACAGGAAGAGUGCUUUUUGCACCUGGAAGCACCGGUCGGCCGAGUAACAGGUUGGGACACUCCGUUCCCUCACAUCCAGGAGCCGUUUUACCUGCCGGAUAAGCUGCGCUGCUUCGAGGCCGUGAAGAAAACUCUGAAUUACUGAGGGUAUCGUGUCGCUGCUGCCAUCGCUCCUCGACCAAUCGUCAUCCCAAAGUAAUCAAUACCAAAGUGCAGUGCGGCAUGCGAUGUACCAGCCAAAACGAUUAUUCAGCGAGUCUCGUUUGCGAAUGUCUUUGUUUCGUGUUCAUUUUGAACACCGUCGCGUCACGUGAUCAGUGCAUGGGCAGGUCGGCAGCAACGGAGAACCGGUCCAGUAUAACGCACGACAACUUUAUCUCGGCUGUUCGGUCUAAUCGCAAUCGCCGAGCAAUACUCCCACCUAAAGGGCAUGGUUAUGCUAAACAGCAGCGGACCGGGACACGUGAGUCUAUGUGUGUACGCUUCGAGGCAAAAAAUUUGUAAACACGAGGCUGCCGCUGCUGCGUUACUGUAAUUAAACUCUUUGCGAGCGAGUGCGGUACUGCAGUACAGUAGAAACAAAAAAAGAUAAAUUUUAUCAUAUGGAAAGCACUUUUAAAGCAUACUAGGGAUUAUCGAUUUUAAAAAAAAAAAUUUAAUAAUAAUACUAACAAUAAAU